AUGCGACGCUCGGAUCGUUACACCGAUGAGAUGGCCUCCACAUAUCCCACAAGCUCACACUCAAGCUCGAGCUUCAACUCAGUAGCGGAUCACAGCCCAUUCUCGGCUGACAGAGCCGCCCAGCCUUCCUCGUCGUCAUCAUCGCUAUUACCUCCCACACCGCCUUCGCAGCCAGUCAAGCGUCGUCGAUACGCACGCCGCUCUUGCCUCACUUGUCGCUCCAAAAAGACUCGCUGCGAGCUUCCGGAUGAAGCUGUUCCUUCGUCUCACGACACCCUACCCACCCACAAGGCCUGCCAUCGAUGCAGAGCCCUCGAUAUCCCCUGCGUAGUGUGGGAUGGCGAUCGCAAGCGCAAACCACGCCUCCAAACAGCCUCGUCAGCUGAUUCGCCUAACCCGCGUUCAUUAAGCUACAGCCAUCCAUCCUCAGAUCCGUACAGAGCUGAUCCGGCUCGUCGCAUCGAUCGCUCCUACUCGACGACCCUCCACGUCCGAUCAAGUGAUCAUGACGCUCAGCUCGACGCUCCUCCGCCGCAUCGACGCCCCUCGCCGCCGUCGACCUGGGAUCGCGAGGGUGCAGACAAUGCAAAUGGGCACGCCUCUCGACGUACCGCUGAUCUGUACGAUCGGCCCAAAUACCCUUCCAGUUCAGCGGCAAACACAACGACCUCAGCUCCGUAUCCUCGAGCACCAGCCGCGCAGCCGCCCCCGUCGAUCUCGAAUGCUUCCGAACACAUCCGCGCCAGCUCCGACACGGAUGGCCAAUACGACGCUGCGCUCUUCAUCAGUCCUUACGCCCCAGACUCGGCAUUCACCAAGGUGACAGGCCACAACUUUCCCUUGCUCUCGAAUCGGUAUAUGCAUUCGCCCCUCUUCACUCUCAAUCGCUUCAUCACAAAGAUGCCGUCCUUCUCGCGCCUCCUGCGCCCAGAGAUGGAUCGUUCUUUGGGCGGCGACCUCUCCAGCCUGCUCACCGACGAACACAUCUCCGAGCUGAAGACACAUCUGCCUCGUCUACGCAUGUGGCACCCCCACCUCUCCGACCUCGACUCGCUCUGCAUCGCCUUUCGAGAGCGCAACAAGCCUUCCUCCUCGCUUCUCCUCGCCACCGUCUGUCUCGUGACAUCCAAAAUGGCAGGCAAGCGCCAUCUCGCCAAGCAAUUUGCUAUUCACGUUGAUCGCAUCGGCCUUCAGGUCCUCAUCUCGGCACCAAAGGAAUUUCACGCCGCUCAGGCCUUCGAGCUGCUCCUAUCCCACGAACCUUCGUUGAUCGGUGCCAGCGUCGAUCCGUCCGGUGCGGGCGCAGCCUCCACCGACUCGGCGGUGUUCGGUCAAUCACUUCAUUCGAGCGCCAUCUCGAUCGCAGAGGCCAUCGGUCUCGAUCUCGUCAUGUCGCAAGCCUACCAAAACGGCGCCAAACCAACGCAGCCUCGUUCGCAAGACCACGAUCGGGCGCGCUCCGAUCUGCGACGCUUUUCGCUCUGGUGCAGCCUGUCCAUCUGGCGAGCCAAGUUCAUCUUUCUCAACUCUAUCCUGCGACCGCUUGACUUUUCGCGCCUCCGUCGCGAUGCAGAAGCGGCCAUUCAAGUCGUCGACAUGCUUCCGCAACAAGCUCACUACCCCGCCAAGGACAAUGUCCUGUUCAGAGCAGGCGUGCUCGCGCUCGCUUAUCGUGCCAUCCAGCUCGCUGACUUUCACGCCCGUCUUUCCCAGCUCGAUACGCUUUGGAACAGUCGUUCCCUCUUCUCCGAGGUCGAGGUUCGGAACGAGAUCAGGAGCCGCUUCGAUCAGAAUCUCGCGUUCGUCCAAGAGCUCGAGAGGACCAAACGCCGCAAGCUGUGGAGCAUGGCCAACCUUGCCGAGCUGCGUUUCCUCGACCGCUUCCUCGAUCUCGAGUUUGGAUCAGACAGCGUCUUUCUGUACUGCCUCUACGUGCGCAUGGUGUUGCCGCUUCCUUCCACAAAGGCCGCGGCCACCGUGCACGACAUUGGGCGCUUGCUCGAUCGGGAUCCCGGUCUGUACGGCUUCCUGUGGGAUGUCAGCGAGCGUAGCUUCCUCAACGACGAGAAGGUCAUUGCGGGAUUCGCUGCCACUCCGCGAUUUGAAGGCGGCAGCUUGGAGCAGACUGGGCUGCCGCUGCUCUUGACCUGCGGCUACGUCCUGCACAUCAGCAUUUGUAUGAUGGAGGCCGCGGCCUUUGCGCAAUACGGCUCGUACGCUCUAGCGAUGCGAGUAGACAUGUUUGCGCACCUGCUCCCUCAGCUUGCAGAACGGAUCUGCGGACCCGAACGCGCCAAAAUCGAGAGUCUCGAGACGCUGGUCUCGAGCAUGCUGAUGCAAAUGGCGAGGCGCCUCGACGAGCUGGAAUUCUACAUGGUCACGCAAGAGAUCAAGCAGCCGCCAGCGGCGUCCACCGCGCAGCUCGCGUCGAUCGCACCUUCCACCAACGGUCACCACCCUCAUCGGUCGAGCAGCCAGCUUGAUUCAUCUGCACCAUUGUCGGAACGAGCGCGCGAGAGUUCACCGCAACGUGGUGCGACACUUUCGAAUGAGCCAAGCCCGACCCACCAUACACGCACCUCGUCCACUAACUGGCAGGACACAUCGGACAUCGGCCAGUCGGAUCAGUCCCAGCCGGCACCGCACAGCGCCACCCGAUCGCAGUCAAGCCACAUCCACAGCCACAAUGCAGAUGGCUCGAUUGCCGGCAUCGAUAGUCAAGUUCCCGGUGAAGCAUCAUUUCCCACGAACGCCAAUUCGCUAUUGCCUUCGUCUGAUGCGUGGUCAUCUGACAACAUGGCUCGCAUCAUGGAUCAGAUCCUGUCCUGGGACUACAUGCAAGAUGUGCCUCCGACGACCAACGGCAGCAGCCAAGCUUGA